AUGGCGGGACCGAACCCAGAACUUAGGUCACUAUCAUUCUGGGUGCUCCUCCGUGAAAUCUGCCAAUCCGAAUCCCAAUCCGUAGACUGGCCAAAUCUACCAGAUCAUCUCGUCGAUUUCGUCUUCAAUCGCUUGAAUCGGUUCAACCGCGUCAAAUUAGGAACCCUAUGCAUGGAUUGGAGCAAACAUGUACGCCGCGAAGAUUUUGGGUCGCCUGGUGUUCUUCUGCUAUACCGUACUUCUUCCGAAGGAUACACACAUCGCCUCUUCGUGGUUGACUUCCCCGAAGACCCCUUCGCCGAGCUUUGCUGUCCGACUAUCGUCGGCCACAAAGUGAUCGGAUCUUCAUCCGAGGGAUGGUUGACUUUUGUCAACCAAGAAUUGGAAGUGAUCAAUUACAAUCCGGUCACAAGGGGUCGUAUCCAACUUCCCUCGAUCGCCAGCCUUCCCAACCUAGACGACCGCUAUUUUAGUAAGUUCAUUUUCUUAUCUCCAUCAAAUUCGCACAAUGCAGCGUUAUUGUACGGAGAUGGAUCCUUGGCGGUCACGACAAUGGGGGAAGCCAGGUGGAUCAGCGUGAAAGGCGGCGUUAUGGUCAAAGAUAUGCUUUUUUCUGGUGGACUGUUGUACGCAGUGGAUAUCAACGCCAAUAUUCUUGUAUGCGACUUCACGUUCCCUCCAAAGGUGACCGAUAUCAUCCUACUUGAUUUUGGGCCACAGUUACAGCUUUGGCAAUGGCUGUUGCAGUUGGUGGAAUGCUCAGGCGAGAUCUUGUUAGUGGCACGGAAGAUGGUUCCACACUCCGACCAGAUCCAUCAAGAAAGAACCCAGCAAUUUAAAAUUUUUAAAAUGACAAAUAUAGUAGAUCUUGAUCGCAUAUCUCCUGAGUGGAAUCACAAGGCAGCUACAUGCCAAGAAGUGGAAGAUAUAGACAAUCAGGCUUUAUUUUUAGGAAUAAAUCAGUCGGCACUCUACUCUACCAGGGAGUUUCCCAUUUUGAAAAAGAAUUCAAUAUAUUUUAGUGACCCCGUCAAAGACUAUAUUGAUAGCCAACUGGAGUAUGAUAGACUUAACACGGACAUUCCCGAUGUCGGAGUCUACAGUAUGGAGACGGGUAGCAUCAAAUGGUUGCUCGAUGCUGAUGAGUUUGCAGGAUUCUCCAUGCUGCCACCAAUUUGGUUUUUUCCCCCAAUAGAUAAAGAUUUGUUUUUUGUAAUAAUGAGCAUUUUCCCUAUGAUAGACUUCUAUGCUCCUUUUGAUUACAGAGUGAGUAGAAACUGA